AUGGCUAACGAUUUUCCUGCCCUCCCAGGCUUCUACCGCCUCCUUUUCUUGUAUCUUGAACCCUUAUCCACAUUGGCCCCAGUCCUAAUGGUCUGGGUUUCCCCAGGUCCUGCCUGGUUCCUUCAUCAACUCAUACCUUCCUCCGCACCUCCUCCUUCCGCUUCCUUGGAGCCACGUACCCUGAUGGCCGUAUGGCAGUUAACAAACUGUUAUUUUCUACUCGGUCUCAUUUCGUCUCUCGUCUUUCGCGCAGUCAGAGACGCGCUUCCUAACAAUCCAGUUGCCCAGGAGCGCAUCCUCGGCGCGAGUUUCUUAGCCCUUGGCAUCGCUGACCUAACCCACAUUUUCGCUUCGUUUAUGGGGCUGCCUUCUGACCUGAAGUAUUCACCCGCCGAUUGGAACAGCAUGACUCAUGGUAAUAUAACCGUGGUUAUCAUCUUAUUUGCCGUCAGAUUGACAUGGUUCAUGGGGGUUGGCCGGAAACGAUACUAUUACGGUCAAAGUCGAACCAGGGACACCAAAGUAAUCUAA